ACCGAGAGAACAAGAAUCGAGCGCAAAGAAAUCAAAUUGGUUUACACUAGCUCGUGAAAAAGAUAUUAGAUUUUGGAUAUUGGAUUAGUUGACUGUGGCCUUUAUGAAGCUCAAGGUCUUUGGUUAGCUUUCGUUCAGAACUCUCAACAGAUGUCUAGCGAUAUAUCAAACAAGGUUCAGACAACUUCACUGGGGCCUGGUGCAAGUAAUAAAAGGGGUCCUGUAGAAACAAGCAUCCUUGACUAUGUUUUAUCCUUGCAUGGGUCGAAUUGUAAGAACCGGGCAUCGUUCAUAGCUCUGUUGGUUCACUCCGAACUGUUAUCACGUGGAGCAAGACCAACCGAAGCUACUGCCCCAACCGCAGUACUCAGUUCUUCUUGUCUUGCCGAAGAUCCUAUCAGAAUAUCAUACAUUUUGAUACCAGAGUCCGAUACGUUACCAACACCAUCCAGUCAACUUCAAGUCUCAGUAGCCGAAACAGAUGCUCACAUUUUUAUCAAUGUAACAGACACAACUACUGAUAAAUUUGGACAUUUGGAACUUUCUGGCGUUGAACAUGUUUUCCUUGAUAGUGUUAAUAAUUCAACCUACAAAGAUGCUAACACUGUAUUCCGUCAAUUAAACGAACUAUUGGACUGCUUUGAAGAAAAUCUAUGGAAACCAGUCCUUCCAUCGCCCCUUUCCUGUCAUUCAAAUGAAACUGACAGUAAAAGAAAUAAGAAAGAAUCUCGACCGAACCAUGAUGAUUUCCAUAACAAACCACAAAUACCCUUUCCAGUCAGUUCUACUGGAUCAAGGCCAUCAGUUGGAACACCACUGUCGGAUUAUGGACGAAGUGACCUUGAUCCUCUAGCAAGUAUUGGAGGGCCAUCAAGAGGUGGUGGAAUGAUCUUAGAUCCAAGGCGCAUUAUACCUGAUAGUGGACUUGGUAGUGGGUCUUUUCUUGGUGGACCUGAUGUUCUACCUCCUGGUGCAGUUCCUCCGGGCGCUCGAUUUGAUCCUUUUGGACCGGGCGUGGGACCUCUCAGACCGCAUCCUUCAAGUGGUCGUCGCCAUAUACCAGAUCCUGACCACAUGAUGCCUCCUGGAUUCGAUAACUUCUAUAUGUAGGCUUUCCAGAAUACUACUUUCCAAUCAACUAAGUAUUUUUUUUGAUCAACUUGAUUACUUACAGAAUUCUAUUAUUUUCCUCAUAAUGUAUCAAUUCAUUUUGCAAAUACCACUAUGUAUAUUGCUUUCUUACUGUAACAUUUUAAAAGCCUACUGAACAUCAACUCUUUUUUUUUUAGAACACUGAAUAGUUAGUUAUGACCUGUUAGUUAGAACUUAUUUAUAUCUAUCUGUAGGUUAAUAUUAGCUAAGUCGAAAUGGUUGUGGGAUGUUUGUGAUACAAAAUUGGAAUAUUGCAUAUCAGUUCAUUGUUUAUCUAAUUUUGUUAACUAAGCAGAGGAGUACUGGUGAUCAUAUUGAUAAACUGAGUGAUAAAAUUGAUUUUUGCUGAAAAUACUUAUAAGUAGUGUAUGCACCAUUAAUGACUCCAGAUUUUCAGUUUGAAUUCGAAUCAAUGAAAUAAAUCUAACUGUAAUUUGACUAUUCACUAAAUAUGUGAUGUAGUUUUGUAUGAUUUUUGCACAUUUAAAAAUUGAAUAAUUUUGUUAUGGUAA